CCAUGUAAAAGCGAGGAGCGGCUGGCUUGACCGCAGUUUUCCUCGGUACGUGUUGUGUUGCUUUGUCUUCCAAUAUCAAUAGUCUACUUGUUCCAUCUUCCGCAAUUUAGAGACGAUGGGGCUCUCUGAUAAAUGCCCCGAUCUGAAAACACGAUGGGACAGGAUUUUGGAGGUGUGUGUGCCAUGUCCUCGGAAGCCAGGACAUGAAGUCAACCCUAACUGUGGCUUUGAUGAUUACGGAGGGAGACACGCUCCCCCUAUCACACCGUGCAAACCCGAUACGUUUAAUGAUGACAGCAGUGCGUACUGUAAACCUUGUGCCUUGUGCCCCCAUGGUUUUAUUAUUUCAAGCCCAUGCAACUCAACUAUCGACACCAAGUGCGAAGAAACAAGACACCCGGGGACCGAAGUUCCAGUCAAUAAUCAGACAAGUCAAGGACCCACUUCAUCACCAAAUGCAACAUCUUUUCAUAGUGCAUUGUGGACAGUCCCAUUGGCUAUCCUUGUUAUGGUUGUAGUGUUUUCUGCUUACAUCUUUUACAUGAAACGGAAAAAGGGUCAGAACACAGUCAUGAAUUACAGCAGAAGAUCAUCAUACAUUAAAGCAGGCUUCACUCCACUUUCUGCCGAAGCCUUAAACAAUGAUCUGAAGGAUGUUCUGAGUCCUAAUGUCAUGUCAGCACCGUUACAGACGGUCCUGGACAACCUGGAUGUUUUGGAAGAUCUGGUGAUUUUGUUGGAUCCAGAAAGCCAUGGAGUGAAAAACACCAAACAUCUGGCUUCUCAUUGCUCCUUCACCUCCACCUGGAUCACUUACACCUACUCAAUGAAGGACAGUAAGAGCCCUCUGAAAGCUGUGUUGGAGGGGGUCACCAGCAGGCACCCUGACUGGACUGUGGGGCACCUCGCCAAGCUGCUCAGACAGAUGGAGCGCAACGAUGCCAUCGCUGUCCUCGCCAAAAUCAGACUGAGUGAGAUGGACGUGUAGCAAUGUUUCCACCUGUAAAGACUUUGCUUGCACGUUUUAUUUUCUCUGAUCAGUUCUGUUAGAUUUAAAACAGUCGAUGUUUACCAAAUCACAUAUACAUGUGCACUUCCUGAAAACAUCAGAAGUAAUUCAAAGGACAAAUGAUGGGGUCCUGGUUUGAUGAAGAAAGAGUUAAAAAAAAAAGAAACUACAUAAUGAUGUGGCUCUGGAUUAGCUUGCCAAAGUUAGGACAGCUAUAACUUCCACUCAAAGUGGUGCAGUUAACUCUGGCUUGGCUCCAUAUUUUCAACAGAAAGCUUAUGAAAAAACAACUUACAUUUAAAAAGCCAAGACUGAAAAUCCCUCCCUCGUUCAGACACAAAGGGGGCCAAAUUCUUCCAAUAUGAUGCUCAUGGUGGGAAGCUCACAAACUAAUGAUAAACUGCUUUGAUUCAAGUUUGAAAAUCAUAUAAACCUAAGCUAACAACUGAUCAUUAGCCCACUUCUUAGUGAAAAUAAGGAGGGACAUCAUGAUAUAUUCAAGGCAAAACAUGUUUGAUAAUCCUUCAGUUGUUAACAACUUUCAACCACACACUGUAUACCUAAAAAUACCAAGUGACAGUUACAAAACAUAACAGAGCUAAUGUUAAUGUGAGCACGUCAGCAGAAAGGUUAGGUAGGGGUUAGUUUGAUGCUAACGGUAGCUGUUAAUAGCCAAAGAGUCUUAACACAUUUGUGAACUCACGAGGGCAACUAAUUCUUCUAUUUAGUGAGUAGGUUGUGACUCCAGACACAACUUCAAAGCAGGUAUUAAUGAAAGAGUCUUUCAAGUUGCCUUAUGGGAAGUGUAGGAUUCAGUGUUUUUGGAACCCAUCAAAUACAAGAGACUAGAAGUAAGGUCAGUCCAUUCUUUGAGUAGCUUUAGAGGUUUAUACUUACAUGACUGAAAGAACAAAAGCACACGGAUCCUUCAGGCUUUCAAAUGAUUUUACACAUAAACAGAUGAAGAAAUGUAUCACCGCUGUAUUAAACCUCUUUUUUUUUUUUUUUACUUUGGUUGCAUUGAAAAUU